AUGACGUUGGUCUACAAGCUCCACGCCGUUGCUCUGUUCUUUUACAGCUCACUAGUCGCUCUGGAAACUCAUCUACUGAGCCUUACAUUACAUCGUCGUUUACGAUGUUAUUCUAACUCACGCCACGGUUUACAUAUACAGGGAAACGCAAAGCAAGGAGGUUCGUUGGGGGUAGCGUUUGAUGUAGUGUGGUUUGAUGUAAUAUGGUUUUUGAAUCCGUUGAUGUUUGGGGAACCCGAGUUCCAUGAGAAGCAGAGUCGGAAUCCAGUGUUUACAGGAUAUCAACCUGCUCUGGUGAAGGCUUCUCUACUAAUUACUACACAACGUGCUACGCAAGGAACAACGCCACCAAUCUCAUUGGCACUCUCCUACACGACGCCGUUUCUGAUUUUUCUCAAAAUGAACGUGAUGCAGCCAUUCAAGAACCAAAAGCCCGGAUUUGACGGUCAUGAUCUUGAGGAUGUGAAGAGUGCGUUGAGAGAACAUUUCGCUUCAUGUGGAAAGAUCACCGAUGUUUACAUUAGGGAUGGUGGGACAUGUGCUUAUAUAUAUUUUGUGGGAGAGGGAGCAGUAGACAAGGCCUUGAAACUUAAUGGAACUAACAUUGCUGGAGGAUGGAAAGUCUAUGUUGAGCCUUAUCCGUUUAGUGACAACAGCCCUAUUACAGCAUUUAUCCGUGGAUAUGAUGACACUUGUCUUAGUGAUAGUGAGAUGGAGGUGGCGGUGAGGGAGUUUUUCUCUUCAUGUGGAGAGCUCAAGGAAGUUUCCGUCUACAAGGAGAAGGGAGUCUGUUUUGUGCGUAUCAAGGGAAUUGACGCAGCAGAGAAGGUGCGGGAACUUGACGCGAGCUACUUUGGAAGAAACGCAGUUGUUCGUCUUCUUACUUUACCUCCAAGACAUAGUACCCACAACCGUAUUCGUAAUUAUGCCCCCAGGUAA